AUGUCCUGUCAGUCGCUGGCGGCGCGAGCUUUCGCCGAGCCCGAGAAAGAACGGUGUGCAGUCGCCUUCCAUAGAUCAGUUCGGUUCAGUUCAGAGUCACGGAGCCCGAGAUCCAGUGAUCAAGAAUGCAAGAGGGAGACGCCAGGGUCAAUGUCUCUGACAGCGCUGUCCGUCAGUCCAGUGACACCCGGUUCAGCGAUGAGCCAAUCGGCGCCCCACGCUUCGGCCUUCGACUUUGACGAAUUGCCGGCUCCUUCGCCAACUUGCCGAUUUCCGAAGCUAGAGGAAUGUGCGCACUUUCACUAUGAGAGGGUCUCGCUUGGCGGGUUAAGUGUGGAGCUGGUGCCCUGUGAAGCUGUUGAGGGACUCCCGCAAGAAGGCUGGGUCUGUCUCAAAGUCCGUUCGCACGUAAACUCCACGUGCGACGAUUCAGUGGACAGCAGAACCCUCAGCGGCAGUUGGACUGAAGCCAGUGAUGUGAGGGAAUGGACGCUCACCAGAAACAAGGAGAACCUGUUGCAGUUGGACGAGAUGUUGCACAGGUGUAUAUACGACAGAAAAGUCUCCGGUCUACCGAAUCUUAAAGAGGCGAUGACAGCAGAGCUGAUGCAGGAUGAGCCGGAAUACCAGCAGCUGAUAGCAGAUUAUGUUCACCACCUGUCCAUCAUCGCCGACGACUCCAUCAAUUGUGGCCCAGCUCUUAACUGGCUACAGAUGGAUAAUAAAGGUCAUAAGCUCCUUGUGUCCAAUGAAGACUCAAAUUCAAUAAAUACACCCGCUGUGGCAGCUGCUUAUUCAGUCAGGAAAUAUGUCUCACAGGCCCGAGAUGAAAUAAGUUUUGAAGUGGGGGAUAUGAUCUCCAUUAUAGAUAUGCCUGGUCCCCAAGAAUCGACCUGGUGGCGAGGUAAGCGUGGUUUCCGAGUGGGUUUCUUCCCCCACCACUGUGUUGCUGUCAUUGGAGAUAAAGUGCCAAGACAUAUGACACAACCGCCGCCUAUCGUUGGGUCUGUAGCAGUGGCCCCAAUAAAACCGGUGCUCCGCAAGCAUGGAAAGUUAAUAUCACUGUUCCGAAGCUUCAUCCUCUCAAGACCAUCGAGACGGAGCCUCAAACAGCAAGGGAUUUUGAGGGAGAGGGUGUUUGGGUGCGAUUUGGGAGAACAUUUGUUGAAUUGCGGUCAUGAUGUGCCCCUGGUCCUAGUGGAAUGCUCGAGAGCAAUAGAGCGUCGUGGGGCAGUGGACGGCAUUUACCGUUUGUCGGGUGGGGCUGCGCUGACGCAACGUUUACGCGCCGCUUUCGACGCGGGACAUCCGCCCGAUCUGACCGCGCCCUUACAGCGGGAUCCGCAUGCCUUGGCUAGUUUACUGAAGUGCUAUUUUCGUGAGUUGCCAAACCCUCUCUGCACGUAUCAGUUGUACGAUAGUUUUGUGAGUGCGGUCCAAGUGCCUGAAGAGCAGCGGUUGAAGGCCAUGAGGGAUACCGUUGUUAAACUACCACCGCCGCACUAUAGGACCCUAGCGUAUCUCAUGCGUCACCUUCGCCGUGUGUCAUUGUUGAGCGAGUCAACGGGAAUGACAGCUCGCAAUAUGGCGAUCGUUUGGGCUCCUAAUUUGCUCUCUUCUCCUAAACCGCAACACGCUUUGCAGGGAGUUGCCGUACAGGCCGUUGUAACCGAAUUCCUGAUCUGUUACGCAGAAGAUUUGUUUGCGCAAGAACAGGGAGCUGACUCAGGUCCACAAUCUUUGGAACAGGAUCGCAUUGAGUGUCAAGUGGAGCUGCGAGGGCUAGAAGCAGGCAGGAGACCGAAGAGCUUACCCUUGCAUCCACCAACUAAACUAUUGAGUCUGGAAGAAGCCCGCCGUCGCGGCCAAGUGUGUGUCGGCAGUGAGAUUCUCGAAUACCCUCCCCCUUCGGGUGCUAUCGCGGCAGCUGCAACCACUCACCUCAAACCUGCUGGUCAUUUGAAACCGAAAUAUAUUGAGGUUGGCUCCGGACCAAAUAAUCUACCUCAGUACCACACUGUAUUGGAUUUACCAGCACCAGGUUCAAAGCGAGCCCUAAAGCGCUCAGUGUCAGGUUGGCGUGGGCUCUUCAGCAGGAGCAAGCUGCAUCGCCCCAGGCCCCACAGGCCACCACCUGCCACGCCCCCUCCGCCUGAAAUUGUGGCAAUUACUCUUCGACCGGCGAAGUCUUGCGAGUCUUUAGUGUCAGAGAGCGAUACCUUGGCACCUUUAGCGAUUAAAGCAGCCGCGCCCCUCAAACAUCACACUAGAUCGUCCUCCUGCGAUUCGUACUUUGAGCCGUGGCAGGCGGAGUUAGCGGGAAUGCGUUUACGCCUUUCGCCGCAGGAGAGAGACAGACAUAUGUUCAGCGAGGAGGACGAUACGGGACAGCAGGCACAGGAUGACUCGGCCUGUUCUUCGCCAGUGGAUUCGAAUCCCGCGAGUAACGAGCCAAGUCCAAGGAGAUUGUUACGCGCUGAAGUACAUCCCACCGACACUUUGGAAAGAAAACGCGUGGCCCUCGACAACUUGGAGCAACAAGACAUGGGUUAUAUCGACGAGAGCGGAACCUGCAGCCCACUAGCCGAGAAGAGACCGGCUUACAACCGACCACUAAGCCCAAGGAGGCAGGCUGUUGCUAAACGGUUGUGCAAAGACCGCGACAGUCCGCUGUCUUCUACUUCUGAUUUCCAAGCGACACUUUCAAAUGUCAAACUGAGAGAAAGAAAUUCGCCACGGAAACAAAAAAACUCAGCGCGCUACAGCGGCUUGCACGCCCCGGUUCUAAAUGACCCGGACAAACCGGUCACUCGCCUCACGUGGCACGGAAAAGACGGGCAUUCUACCCUUAUAAAAAUAGACUGGCCGGCCGAAACCUCUACCGGUAACCUCACGACCAGCACCAUAAAUUCUAGUCCCAUAACCCCAGUCACGCCAAACUACGAUCCGCUGGAGAGUGACUCGGAAACCAGCGAAAACAAACAUACGAUAAAAAUAACCAGCGACUGCGAUAACUGUGAUGAGGAAAAAUGUCUCAAAUGUGAACUGAAAGCGACCGAUUACGAAAAUAUGAAAGAUAUCCGAGAUUAUUCAGAACAAACACACGAGAGUUUAGAAGCCAGCCCACUACAUUCGACAGAUAUAAGUUACCAGAAUCUCAAUAGACUGUCGGCGGUGUCGACGUCAUCAAAUUCAGAACAAAUAUCGAAGAAAGAGGAUCUCAUGAAAAUAAUGACUUCGUCGCAUGAGAGUUCGUCUAGCUAUUCGAAUGUUAGCUUGAAACACGACGAGUUGUACGAAUGCUACAACUAUACGAGGCCGAAUUAUAUAAAUUUACAAUCUUCCAGUACGUCUAAAAGCUCUCCGGGUAGUCCAUUAAAAAGUCCUCUCAAAUCUACCAUAAGUAUUACAUUCCGUUCGCCCACAAAGUCAAAGUCGCCAGAUUACGAACCGAUAAUCAAUGACACCCCUACGAACGAAAGAGAUUCUGUCUAUGAAGAUAUAGAUUUAGACAAAAAUCUGUCUAUAGUCGAAGAAGCAACCAUUCCUCAGACUGAUGCAAGUUUGCCAACUCAGCAAGCGUGCCAACCUGAAGAUUUUACCCAAGACCUUAUUAUAUUAGAGACGCCGACGGAAACUGAUCUAGAUGAAAACGUAGAUGUCUAUAGUCAAGUUAAAUUCUUUAGAAAAAGCAUUGAAGAAGUCAAUGCUAUGAUAUUAGAAUCUCCGGAAAGAGAUAUCGAUUAUGAAAAUGUUAAUUUUAAUACAGAACGUGAUUAUGAAAAUAUUAACGUUGAUACUCUAAAAAUCUGUGAUAAAGUAGAUAUAAGUGCAAAGGAAAAUGAAUCUAUCGAACAUGAAAACGGAAAUGUGAUAAAACCGAAAGUCCCAACAAAUUUAAAUGUUCGUGAAUUAGCCAUACGUUUCGAAAGUCCUACCGAACAGAAGGGUCCGUUUUCUUUUGAUAAAUUCAAAACUGAAGUUAAGUUCUCUGCUGAGAAUACAUUGGAAAAGGAUACACCAGAAAUAUCUAAGGAGAAGAAAAGAGACGCAGCCGUAAAAUUACCGCCGCCCGUUUCACCAAAAACUUACAAAUUAUCAAAAAACUCAUGCAACGCUCGAUCUUUGGAUGAAAAUGCCUUCAUCAAAGAAUUUGGUACUGAUAAAGAUAGACGUAAAAGUUUAGAAGUACGCGAUGUCAAAAGGACGUCUAAAUUCCUCCCAGAUUUAAACCUCAAUACCGAAGAGCCUGAGCCAAAAAUCGAUAGUAUAACACCCACAACUGAAAACAAAAUAUCCCUCGUUCAACGGUUUGACGUGAAACCUGAUAUAAAGAACCUAAUAGGCUUCGAAACGGAGAAGAAAUUGAGCAGGGAGCGAAUAGAGAAGUAUAAGGAAGAACGUAGGAAUUUCUUGCGGGAAAAAUAUAGUUCACAAUCGUUUAGAAGUAAUCCAGAGCAAUUGACGCGGAUCAAAUUAAAAAAGGAAGAUGAAAAAAUUGAGAAUUGUGAAAGAUUAACAGAAGCUAAAUUCGAAAGAAGAAAUACAGUUGAUCUGGGCCAACGAAUGAGGUUUUCGUUGGCCAGAAGUGCUAAUGCUUUAGAUACUAUCCCGUCGCCUUUGAGUCCAGUUCAGGACUUUAACGGGGAAGCCAGUCGAAGCAGGGACGAUAGGAAAGAGAAAACAUCACCGUCAUACAACAUACGAGAUAUGGCGGCGUUGUUCGAACAGAAGUCACAGAGCAGCACAAACGCCGGUUGA